AUGUCCUCUGCGCAUCCCAGAAUCGCCUCAGCGUCCCUAACUACUAACAGAAAGCGGCGAUGCGACGCUGCAAAACCGACAUGCUCCAAUUGCUCCGAGAUGGACAUUGAAUGCCACUAUGAUCAUCAGCCUUCACAAAGAAUAGACACAACCGGUGGCACCCGUGAGAUCUUGAACAGGCUACGGGACAUCGAGGCAAUUCUGGAAAACCAGUCAGAGCACAUUGCUUCACUGUCAGCCGAAUCGAGGCCUAUCCCAUCCCAGUUCCAGAAUCAUAACGAAGCAUCCCCCCAAAGCCAGCCGGGUGUGCCAAUACGAGGGAUGCAAGGUGAAGCCACCUUCGACUCUUGGUCCUUCAGCCCUCCGUCCCAAGCAGCCAUGCCCAUGUCAACGAACCUUCCACCCUUGACGAUUCCCGUGAAACACAAGACAUCAUCUAGCUACCUCCUGGGCCUGCCGGCUAUGAAAGCUCUCAUUGGGGAGUACCCAUCUGAUCUGUUCUUCUUGCUCGAGUCAAGCCAUCCUUUGCCCCCUGAGCUCUCGUUUGAUGACCUGCUAGGAUCACGGCCAGACAUCGAGAUCACCCGCGAGGUGGCAGACGAGCUGGUGUCCCAGUUUUUCUCCUCCACCCACCACAACCAUCCGAUCCUGGAUCGUGAAGAAUUCCAGGCCGUGUACAUGUCGUUUUGGGACAACGGCCCGGACUCGAGCAUAGGCUCGGCUCUCUGCAUGGUCAUCUUCGCCCUCGCAACAGUGGCUUCCUCACACCCCAACACUGAACAGUUCAGCUCCUCGCCACCAGGCAUGUCAUUCAUGCAGCAUGCUUUGCCGACCCUCAUAGUACAGUCGUCGUGGUCAUUCUCUUCAAGCCUGUUAUUGCCACAGGCGCUGGUCCUAGCAAGCGUUUAUUUUGCCUACAUUGUGCGGCCAUUGCAGAGUUGGCGGCUCAUCUAUUCGGCCACAACCAUCCUCCAGUUCAGGCUUUCAGGUAUUCAAGCUGGAGAAGAGUCCCCCAGUUCACGAGAAAGUGUCAUCCGUUUAUUCUGGUCAUGCUUCUUGGUCGAGUGCGACCGCCUUGCUGAGCUCGAACUUCCACGCAGCGGCCUCCAACAGCUUACGGAUGAAGUCAGUCUCCCGAGCUGCACCAAUCUUGGGCUGAUGCCGUCGACAUGUUAUCUAGCGGAAAUUUCCAUUCGCAGACUCCUCAAUCGCAUUCACAACUCGCUCUACCCCCGGAAGAAGCAUGUCUUGACGCUGUCAUCGACGACCUUAACCGCCGUUGAUGAUUACUCCAUCGAGGACGUAUCUUCCAUGGUUUCUGUGUGCGAUGAGCUUCAUUCACAACUUGAGACGUGGCAUGCCUCAAUACCGGAGGGUUUCAGGCCACAUCUCGAUGUCGGCACUCCCGGUAUCGAGUCCAAUACUCGUGAACCGGUUCUGAGAAUACGGUAUUUCGCUGCUCUUCACAUCAUCUACCGGCCGUUCUUGCUCUACAUUGUCACUCACGGAGUAGAGCACGCCACUGAAGUCAUGUUCGAAAAGGCAUCAGUUUGUAUUGAAGCUUGUCGACGCUACCUCCACAGCACAUCCUUGGUUCUAGCCGGGCCAAGCCAAUACACUUGGACAUUUUCUCUCUCAACGCUCGGCGCCAUCGUCAUACUCACACUGGCUUCAUUAAACCCACAUCUACGCCAUCUCAUCGCUGAUAUUGAUGAAUUGCAAACAACCGCCAUCCGGAACAUCCGGCCCUGGGCAUUUUCAAGUCUCGAAGCAGUCGUGAGUAUACUGGAGGAUCUGCAGAAAAAGCAACGAAUUCUAGCUCGUGUAAAUAAAUAA